CCAUCCCUGCUGCUGUCCACCUUGUGGCCACCCUGCCCAUCUGUGGUGACUGCACUCUUCGUCCUGGGCUGCCUGAGCUUUCCAGUCCCGAGAAAAGUGCAGGGGAGUGGGGGUUGUUGUUGGAAGUCACCCUGGGCAAUGAACUCCAUAGAAAACCCUGGUUACUGAAGUCAGUCCAUUAGCAUCUCUGUUUUUCUGAGUCCGGCAGCUUUCAUUUGCUCACCAAAUGUAGUUAUACACAAAUUUCUGACUGCUUUGAUACCAGGAUGGAGGAAAGGAAGAAGAAGGAAGACUUUGUGGAAGUUCCAUAAAGCACAAUGCCUACAAAUCAUUGGCUUAAAGGUGACGCUGGGUGGAAGUUUACGAAGAGACCCGGUCCGGAUUCAAGCUUUCUGUUCCCAUUCUCCUUUCUGAAAUGCCCACCAAAAGCCACGGACCCCUGGCAUCUCAUGACCACUCGGCGAUGCUGAGGACCAACCGAGGUACUAUAGGAGGCUUCUUCCUCGCUGGUCGUGAUAUGGCCUGGUGGCCGAUGGGCGCCUCUCUCUUUGCCAGUAACAUCGGCAGCAACCACUAUGUGGGGCUGGCUGGGACAGGAGCAGCUUCAGGAGUCGCCACUGUCACAUUUGAAUGGACUUCCUCAGUAAUGUUGCCAAUUCUCGGGUGGAUCUUUGUCCCCAUCUACAUCAAGUCGGGGGUGAUGACCAUGCCGGAAUAUCUCAAGAAGCGGUUUGGUGGGGAGCGACUCCAGGUCUACCUCUCCAUCCUCUCCCUCUUCAUCUGUGUGGUUUUGUUAAUUGCUUCAGACAUGUUUGCUGGAGCUAUAUUCAUCAAGCUGGCCUUGGGAUUGGACCUUUACCUGGCAAUCUUCAUCCUCUUGGCUAUGACUGCUGUUUACACCAUCACUGGGGGGUUGGCCUCAGUGAUUUACACAGACACCCUCCAGACCAUCAUCAUGCUGAUUGGCUCUUUUAUUCUCAUGGGGUUUGCAUUUAACGAAGUUGGAGGUUACGAGAGCUUUACCGAGAAGUACAUGAAUGCCAUCCCGUCCGUAGUCGAGGGGGACAACUUGACAAUCAGUGCCAGCUGCUACACACCUCGGGAGGACUCCUUCCACAUCUUCCGAGAUCCUGUGACUGGGGACAUUCCAUGGCCCGGAAUUAUAUUUGGAAUGCCCAUUACAGCUUUGUGGUACUGGUGCACAAAUCAGGUCAUCGUGCAGCGCUGCCUGAGUGGCAAGGACAUGUCUCACGUGAAGGCUGCUUGCAUCAUGUGUGCUUACCUGAAGCUGCUGCCCAUGUUCCUCAUGGUGAUGCCGGGGAUGAUCAGCCGCAUCCUGUACACAGAUAAGGUAGCAUGUGUGGUACCUUCUGAAUGCGUGAAACACUGUGGCGUUGAUGUUGGCUGCACUAACUAUGCAUACCCAACGAUGGUGCUGGAACUGAUGCCCCAAGGACUGCGAGGCUUGAUGCUUUCGGUCAUGCUGGCCUCUCUCAUAAGCUCCCUGACCUCCAUCUUCAACAGCGCCAGCACCCUUUUCGCUAUUGACCUCUACACCAAGGUGCGAAAGCAAGCGUCGGAGAAAGAGAUCCUGAUAGCUGGACGGAUAUUUGUUCUUCUAUUAACUGUUGUGAGCAUUGUGUGGGUCCCAUUGGUACAAGUGUCUCAAAAUGGACAGCUAAUCCAUUACACAGAAUCAAUUUCUAGCUACCUUGGACCUCCAAUUGCAGCUGUCUAUGUGCUUGCCAUCUUCUGUAAAAGAGUCAAUGAACAGGGAGCAUUCUGGGGUCUAAUGGUCGGACUUGCGAUGGGCCUCAUUCGUAUGAUAACAGAGUUUGUUUAUGGAACACCGAGUUGCUUGGCUCCCAGUAACUGUCCCAAGAUUAUCUGUGGAGUGCACUAUCUCUACUUUUCCAUCAUUCUCUUUUUUGGGUCCAUGCUGGUCGUCCUGGGAAUUUCCCUCUUAACAAAACCCAUUCCUGAUGUACAUCUGUACCGCCUGUGCUGGGUUCUUCGGAACAGUACAGAGGAGCGAAUCGAUAUAGAUGCAGAAGAGAAAAGUCAGGAAGAAACAGAUGAUGGUGUUGAAGAAGAUUAUCCUGAGCAAUCACGUGGAUGCCUCAAGAAAGCUUAUGACUUGUUCUGCGGUUUGCAGAAGGGACCCAAGCUAACCAAGGAGGAAGAGGAAGCCUUGAGAAAGAAGCUCACAGACACAUCUGAGAGGCCCUUGUGGAGGACAAUAGUGAACAUCAACGCCAUCCUCCUCCUGGCUGUGGUGGUCUUUAUUUAUGGCUACUAUGCCUGAACUGUAUCUGAGCCAUUAGAAUAAUGAAUAAUUCUUAAUAAUGAACCAAAGGA